GUCUGACCUAUACACUAGUACUACGGACAAGUUGAGCAGCGAACUGUCAUGCAUGUUUUGAAAUGAUGUAUACUUAUUAUAGGUGAGGCUCUUAUUGAGCCCUCCUGCUCCAGCAGCUUGCACAAAAUUGGUGCUAUGUCUUGGGCUCUUACCUGUAUUCUAUCCGAAGACCACCUGCCCCAAAUCUCGGAAACAUCUUUCUCACAAGACGGUCGCAAGAAUUGUGCUCCGAGGGGAGGAUACAACGCGUUUAUGCGAUAGGACUUUUUAGACGCACGCCUUGUCACACUGACUUACAUUUCCUUCUCAGACAAGGCCAUUGGUCCACAAGGCCAGUGUUAUUGCCGCCCCAUCUUGGCCUCGUCUGUCGAAAAUAGCCUAAGAUACUUCGUAUAAAAGCCCAGAAUUCUCUGCCUUUUCCUUUGUCAAUUCUUCGUCUCACUAUCGAAUCAUCAAACUGCUCGCGACCUGCAUCUUAUACAAUGCCCUUUUCCACUGAUGGAGUGUAUACUAUCAAGAACAUUGCCAGAGACCUCAUGCUUGAUCUGAAGGAAGCCGAUACCACUGAAGGCAACCAGGUUCACGGCCUCGUCAGAGAUGACACCGCGGAUCAACAGCAAUGGAUAAUCAAGAGACAUUACGUGUCAGGGUCCUCAAGCAAAAUUUUCACCAUUCAGUCCUUUAUCAACGGCACCAAUGGAAAUGGAUUCUUUGCUGCUGCGAACCAGGAUUCGGAUGAACCGAUCGUUUACACCACGCAGGCGUUUAUCGUUGAACUUGUUCCACGGGCGGAUAGUACCUAUACCAUUAGAUACACCGUCGGGGACGAUAACCUGGUGUUAUCCAUUCCAAGUCCGAGGCGCGGUGAAGUGAAACUCGAGACUUACGUCCCAGGAACUCCCCACCAGCAGUGGCAAUUAACCCGUGUUUCUGAUCUCCAAUCAUUUGCCUAGUUUUCGCCACUAGGUAACACCAUGAGCUUGCAGAGGUAUGCUGACGCUGAGCUAUUGAAAGUGUUUUUGCCUAUAUGUACUCGUCUCUUUUGUUGUGUAUGUAUGUGGACGUUGAUGAAUAGGAUUGCUUUGGUCUGA